AUGCCUCACAAGCCGGUCCGGCUUCCGCCCCUAAAGGUCCUCCGGGUCAGGAAUCCCAACAAAACCGAAACAAACGCCUGCGUCACCGUCCUGGCCUCAGUCCUGGCGUGUUGGGCGUCAGCAGGCUACAACAGCGCCGGCUGCCAAAACAUCGAGAUGUCGCUACGCGGGUGCAUGGACGCACCGCCCGCGCCGGCCCCGCCGACCAACACGAUAAACUACCAUCUGCGCCGGUUGUCGGGCAAGUUGAUAUCGCAGGCAAAGAAGGGCAAAUAA